AUGUCCUCCGUGCAGACCCUCGGGGGCCCCAGUCCUGGGCAGACCUGUGUGCUGAUUCUGAUCUUCACCGUGCUCCUGCAGUCCCUCUGUGUGGCGGUGACUUACAUUUACUUCACCAAUGAACUGAAACAGAUACAGGAGUACUCCAAAAGUGGCAUCGCAUGUUUCUUAAAGGAGGACGACGGUUCCUGGGAUCCCCAGGAUGAUGACAGUAUGAACAGCCCCUGCUGGCAACUCAAAUGGAAACUACGUCAGUUUGUUAGAAAGAUGAUUUUGACAGCCUUUGAGGAGACCAUUCCUACAUCUCAAGAAAGUCAAGUAAGCCUCACCCAAAGGCAAGACAGAGGACUACAGAGAGCCGCAGCUCACAUAACAGGGACCACUCGGAAAAGUACCAAGUCCAUCGACCGAGCAUCUAAGAAUGAAAAGGCCUUGGGCUACAAAGUAUUAUACUGGGAGUCAUCAAGGAAAGGACAUUCAUUCCUGAAUAAUUUGCACUUGAGGAAUGGCGAGUUGGUUAUCCACCAAGCAGGGCUUUAUUACAUCUAUUCCCAAAUAUACUUUCGCUUUCAAGAAAGUGAAGAAACUUCAGCUUCAAAAGAAGAGAGAAGGAAAAACAAACAAAUGGUGCAAUAUAUUUACAAAUUCACAAACUACCCUGAGCCUAUAAUGCUGAUGAAGAGUGCGAGAAACAGUUGCUGGUCCAAAGAGUCCGAAUAUGGACUGUAUUCCAUCUAUCAAGGAGGCGUGUUUGAGCUUAAAGAAAAUGACAGAAUUUUUGUCUCUGUAACUAAUGAAAGCUUGAUUGACUGGGACCAAGAAGCCAGUUUUUUCGGCGCCUUUUUACUUAGCUAA